CCGGCAUUUCACUUCCGGAAAAGUGGCACGCGAGUAAAGCAAUACAUUUUCUAAAUUUACAAAUUAUGGCAACUCUUUUUAGAAGAAAACUACUCGCAUUGAAAUAUCCAAAACCAAAUAACUUUAACUGGAAAGAGGAAAGUGAAUUUCAAAACCUUGUUGCCUGGCUGGAAGACCAGAAAAUUCGCCAUUACAAGAUAGAGGAACGUGCCGGCUUAAGAAACAUUGCUUCUGCAGAUUGGUCAAGAGCUUUUGACAAGUACCUCAGAGAUUUGGGAUGUCCCUAUCCUCCUGCAGACAGAAGUGCCAUGUUAGACUGGUUACUUGGCUACGCUGUCAGACUGGAGUAUGGAGAUGACGUUGAGAAGUUCAGGUCAGUACGUCCACCAAAGUCCAGCACGGCAGCAGGCGUCCCACCAGGUGGCGUCUCCUCCAAUCCACUAGAUAACUUGGACUUUAAUGACCCUGACUUCAAGGCUGGAGUGACCUCCCUUGCCAUGAUGUUGCAAAUCCCUCCUUAUGCUGACCAUUUGGAGCAGAUGAAGGCAAUAUGCAUAGUUGUGACGGAAAAACUAUCCAAAGAGGUCUUGGAAAAAAGUAAAAAAUCUAAGCAGGGUGAUGUUAUACCGAUAGAAAAUACAGAACUUGGUUUUGAUACAGGAGAUUUAAUUAUCAAUGAAGUCGCUAAAAUUCUCCGACUUCUUCAUAUUCAUGACCUCCGAGAACUUCAGUCUCAAAUUAACCAUGCUAUUGUGGCUGUGCAGGAACUUAUAGCCAAUCCAAAAACAACAUUGCCCAGGGACAACAAGUUUUCAAAACGAUAAUGCUUGCCAAUGGAAUAGUGUUGUGAAAGUUGCUUGUUCAAUAUGUAUGCUGCAUGCUUAAAAGGAAGUAAAAUGCUCCAUAGCAGAUAUUCGUGAAAAGACUGAGUUUGAUUUAUUUCCAUAAAGAUUUUAUUGUUUUAAAUAAUUAUCACAGACAAUCAUUGAAAUUAAGAACGUUUAUAUAAUUGAAGUGAUGAAUUUCCUUAUUAACACUCCUGGUUUUCAGGAAUAAUCAAGUUAAAAGAUCUGUUACUAUGCUCCCCCAAAAUUAAUUUUUGGGGGAGCAUACAGUCGCCGCUUCGUCUGUCCGUCCGUGUGUCUGUCCGUGCACAAUUUUUGUCCGGGCUAUUUCUCAGCAAUUAAUGACCGGAAUUCAACGAAACUUUAUGGGAAGCUUCACUAUCAAGAGGAGAUGUGCAUAUAAUCAGCCGGGUAUGGUCGGAUGAUUUUUCACAGAGUUAUGGCCCUUUGAAAUUUUCCAUUAACUGUACAUAUAGUGCAAUUCUUGUCCGGGCUAUUUCUCAGCAACUUAUGACCUUAAUUUAAUUAAACUUUAUGGGAAGCUUCACUACCAAGAGGAGAUGUGCAUAUUAUCCGAGGGUUCUGGUCAGAUGACUUAUGGCCCUUUGAAAUUUUCUAUAAAAAAAUUCUUGUCCCCCCAACUACUGUGCCCUCAAGACGUUUCCUUUUAUCUGAAUAUAUAGUGCAAUAUUGUGACAAAAAAAACCUUUGGGGAGCAUCACCUGUUUCCGACGGUUUUUUGUCAAGUAUUCUGAAGAAAAAAAUGCUUGAACACAUUAAUUUGUUUUGAGUAUUGUUUAGUUUUUGUUGAUGCUAUUGCAUUUUCAAUUGUAAGGGUUGUGUCUGUUUUGUUUUGUUAAAGUGGCAUUAUGGUUCAGUGAAAUUUUGAUUAACAUUUUUUAUUUACCGUAUUAUAUGCUUUAUGGAAAAUAAGCUAGUUGUCUAAACAAAUAUUAUAAUUUGUUGGUGUCAGAGCAAAAUUAAUCAGGUUCCAAAUCAAGCAAAAAUGGGUUGUUUUAUCAUAUCAUAUUGUGUACAAUCUUGUAAAGAUAAAAUAUGAGCAUUCUAGUUUGUAAAGAAAACAUCAAAUAAAAAAAGAUUGAUUAUUUAAUCCUGUAAACUUGGACUUGUUCAAAUAUGUCAAAACUGGUAAUAUGUAUUAUUAUGAACUAGUAGACAUCUGAUAAGUUUGAACAAUAGUCAUUUUAAAUAUACAUCAACGUAUUAUA